AUGAAUCCCAACGGCGCCAGUGUUAUCUUGCCCACGGGUGGCAACGGAGGCUUAAGGCCCGUUCGUGAGCCAAGACCUGGGGGUAUCUUCUCUGGAUUCGACGGCGCUUCCCGCCCUCUCCUCCGCAUGGCUGGCCUCACGGCGGAGGGCACGGACUUCGCCCUCAGAGUGUUGCCGCCAAGAAACGAAUAUUCCGGGGGUUGUGGUAGGCAGGGUGUGGCAAAUUUGCAUUCUCUGUGGACAGCGCGAGUGUCAUCAGGGCUGUACCAGUCGCCGAUGCUCAUGCCCUGGUGGAUCUCAGUUUCAGGAGCCUUGCCAAGAAACUGCCCCACAUACGGCAGUCGCGCUAUUGCCUUGCAUACAAGGAGCACUGGGGCGGCGCGAGAUGCUGCCGGCGCGCAGGUGAGUGCCGUGACUGUGCACGGUAUUCAGUUCGUAGUGGCACAUGGGCGCCGAGUGUUGCGUCGAGGCAGGGCAACAUGCAGGCUGGCAUGA